CUAAACCCACCACAGUAAAAUCAAUCUGCAUAUGUAGUACAGCAUGCUUGUUAUAUUCACUGUGGAACCUAAGGGGUUAAUCCUCUGCACUGUGUAGAAAUGCUGUUUGAUCCUGACUUCUCUGAUCCUCCCCUUCGUCUACUGUCCCCAGUCCAUCUGCUGAUAGAACAGAGUCUUGGGGGCAAGCUGCAGAUGCUCAGUUUGGUGUGUAUUGCUAGAGAGGUUUUUUUUGUCUUGGGAGAGUGCAUGCGAUCAGCAUAGGCCAAUCAGUGCUGUCCAGACAGAGGGUCAGGGGUCAUGCAGCC